UCCCAUCUCUGUGGUCCAAUAUAGCGCAUGCGCUCUGCCUGAGGACUGCUACACAGACUGCAAUAUGGCGAGAAUGCCUGGCAGCGCAGACUGCUCUAGUGACACAGCGGGGACAGAGCGGGAGGAGCACAUGAGUUGCCCGGAGACUGAGAGGAGCGGAGAUGAGGAGGAUGAUGAGAUCCAGGAGGUACAGAUCACCGGGGUGGAGUUCGGGGAGGAUGAACUGGAGUGGGAGGGAGAGUGCGCAGACCCCAGCAGCUGCUCCGCUAUGGAGACAGAAGCGGUCCUUAUGCGUAGUACGGACCAGUGCAGCGGGUUGGGACCGGGAUCGGACCCUGGACUGUUUCACAUCCCCGAACUGGACUCGGAUCCGGAGGGAGACCUGCAGCCGUCUGACCGCUCCAGACUGAGCGAAAACACCCGCCUGGCUACCAGGUAUGCGGUACGGAUCUUCCGGGAGUACCUGAGCGAGAAAUCCCAAAGUCCUGACUUUGAAACUCUGGACAAGGAGGCGCUGUGCGCGGUCCUGCAGUCCUUCUACGCGGAGGCACGCUCUAAGAGCGGCCAGCUCUACAGCAAGUCUUCCCUCAUUAGCAUUCGUAGUUCUCUGAACCGCUACCUGAAUGAGCCACCGUACUGUCGCACCCUGGAUCUCACUAAAGACCCGGAGCUACGCAGCGCCAACCUGACCCUGGCCGCGGUCAUCAGAAAGCUGGAGGAGCAGGGUGCUGGUCCCGUGGUGCAAAAACAGGCAAUCACGCGGGCGGACCUGAGAAAACUCUACACCUCCAGUGUAUUUAACAUCGAUACGCCGUUCGGGCUGCUCAACAAAGUGUGGUUCGAGACAUGCAUGUAUUUCUGUACGAGGGGGCGAGAGAAUCAGCGCGAGCUGGAGGAGGAUUCAUUCGGCCUGGCCAUAGACGAGAAUGGGAGAAAGUUUAUCUAUUUCAAAGCACUGGGGCCGUAUCACAAGUCUCGCUCCGCGUGUUGGAAUAAAAAGAGACCAGACCCGGAUGAAGAUACUUUGCCGCGCAUGUAUGAGACUGGAACUGAGUUUUGUCCAUAUGCCAGCUUUGUUAGGUAUGUCUCGAAACGGAACCCAGUGUGCAAAGCAUUCUUCCAACGACCACGAGACCACUGCUGCGCAAGCGACAUAACAUGGUAUGAGAACAAAGCCAUUGGUAAAAACCUGCUUGGUACGAGGAUGCAGAUGCUGUCGCGUGCUGCCAAACUGUCAAAGACCUACACCAACCACUGCAUCGGCGCCGUCUCCAUAGCAACGCUCAACAGCAUUGCCGGUAUAGGGUCAAAGUUGGUGUCGCUUCAGAUUGCCUCGGAAAUAGUUAAUGGUGGCGUGCAGUCUCAUCUCCAGCUCGUGAUCCCGUACAUCCAACAGGUCACAGACACAGUGGAACUGAAGCCUCAGAGAACAACAAGGAAAGCUCGUGCUCUCUGCGGUUUUUCGGGACCUCCUUCUCCUAAGAAGCUCUGUGUGCGUCCCGGAGAACGCGCAAUGUCCCCUGUGGUCAUAGUGGACUGUACAGAGCCCGUGGACACCCGACCCCAGGAGCCCCACGGUCAGCAAUCCGCUCCUUUACUGACUGACGUGGUAUCCGCGCAGGAUAGCCGUAAUAGCAGCAUGGCCAGUAGGCCGCUGGUCUCCCAGUCCCCUGCCUCGCCACUGGGCUCUGGGGGUAUCGGGGGCAUCCCCACCCCCGCCCAGCUCACAAAGACCAACGCCCCUGUACACAUAGAUGUAGGAGGACACAUGUACACCAGCAGCCUGGCUACACUCACCAAGUACCCAGAGUCACGGAUUGGUCGUCUAUUCAACGGGACAGAGCCCAUAGUGUUAGAUAGUCUGAAGCAGCACUACUUCAUAGACCGAGACGGCCAUAUAUUCCGCUAUAUCCUCAACUUCCUGCGGACGGCCAAACUGCUCCUCCCUGACGACUUCAAAGAGUACUAUCUACUCUAUGAGGAGGCCAGGUUCUUCAAGCUAUCCCCACUACAAGCAGAAUUAGAACGCUGGAGGAGUGAGCGUGAGGCCAGGAGUGUGUGGCGUGUGUGUGAGUGUGUGGUGGUGCGUGUAGCUCCAGAGCUGGGGGAGAGGAUCACUCUGAGUGGAGACAGGGCUUUGAUCGAGGACGUGUUUCCAGAGGUUGGGGACGUCAUGUGCAACUCCAUGAACGCAGGCUGGAAUCAUGACUCUACUCACGUCAUACGCUUUCCACUCAAUGGAUACUGUCACCUCAACUCUGUACAGGUAUUGGAGAGGUUGCAGCAGAGAGGGUUCGAGAUAGCAGGGGCAUGUGGUGGAGGAAUAGACUCCUCCCAUUUCAGCGAGUACGUCCUACGCAGGGAGGGGAGGAGCAACGGACAGUGUGGCCCCACCCUCAUCUGCAUCAAACAGGAAGCACUGGACUAAGCCCUGUCCGGGUCAGGGGUAACAGUGGAUGAUUGGUCAGGAGGGGAGCUGAAAGCCAUGCCUCCAUCUCCAAGGGGACACCAAGAGAGUCUGACCUGAAGUUUGUUUUAAAUUUGUAGGGUCGUCGCUAGUUACGACAGUCACAAAUUCAUAAACCCCGCCAAAUUCUACAAUUUCUCUUAAAUUAUGUGAUUUUAAACAUAACCCUAACCUUAACCACACUGUUAACCAUAAGCCUCACUCUAACCUUAAGUUAAGACAAAAAAGCACAUGUUUUGUUUUCAUUCAUUUUUACUAUAUAGACAAUUCUUACUUUGUGGCUGUGGUAACUAGUGUAAACAGAAUUUUUUUUUUUUUUUUUAAAUGUACAUAGUCGGUGCUAUGUCUGUAAUGGUGAUCUGAUCUUACCUACACCAAUAGGAGCGCCGUAUAACUAUGACCUCUCCGCCAUGAACCAUGGAAGUCACUAACCUGGCAAUACGCAGCUAGACACUAGCUAGGUUUCCAUUAACUUGUACAGUCAUUUUUUGUUGACAUUUUGAAAGAUUACAUUGAACUGUCUUGUGUUAUAAAAACAGCUAGAUGUAAUGAGGUUGUUGAAGGGUUUUAAAUGAUACAUUUUGGCAAAUUGUGCAUUAAUAAAGUGCCCACGUAUCUGUUUCAUGUCUCAGGUUGCUCACAAAAGCCAGAAUGGAUAGAUUGCAAGAAUUUACUAAUAUUUGCCAUAUUUUUAUCAUUCUCAUGUGCCUACUUAUUGCCGUGGUCUGUGUCAGGGUGUAACUUGCACUAGUUAAGAUUUGAAACCAUUUCAUGGUGAAACUUCAAGUUCCAAUGUAAAGCAAUUCAGGCAUUGUUGAAAGUCAAAACAAUACUCUACUUGCAAAGAAACAGUAUUUUUUGUUGUUGGAAAAAUUGAUGUAGCAAGCAGUAGGCAUUUAGAAAUAAAUGUGGAGUGGAGCUUUAUAGUUACGCUAAUACGUCACACGCCCAGCGUACCUUUCUGAUUUUCUUUGCAAUCUUAAUUUAUUCCAUCAUCAUUUGUCACAAUAAAUGCACCCCUCGAAUGGAAUAAAUGUAUUAGAUCUUUCGGAAAAAAAGUAUCCUGCAACUGCCGUUUCCAUUACAGAUGUCACAAUCCUUUGUUGAGUAAACCUGGAUCAAUGGAAACUUGCCUAGUGACUGACACCUCUCUCCCUUCGAGCAGGGACCUAGAGCACACAGAGAGCAGCAACAUCAGUACUGUCAUAGUACUACUCGUGUUUUCAUGUAGGAUUAUUGUUUCAUAGUGUUAGAAUUAGAAUUCAUUCAGAUUCUUACAAUAAUGUAAAUAGUCAUAGAAAUGGGAUGUGGUCAUGACUGAAACUCAAAAAUUGAGAAACGGCACUGAUGAAUAUGGAAGAUUGACUGUUAAAAAGCACAAGUGCAAACAAGCACAGCCAUCCUUGUCUGGGAAAUCUAACCCAGCCUAAACUAAAUAGAUGAAAGGUCAUAUGUGGUUCUGUGAAGCUACAGUUAUUAUUAUGAGGCACUUAUGGAAGUUUUUCUUCUAGAAAAUGUUGUAAACCAAAAAUAUGGUUUUCCCAGUUUUAAGUCUUUAACUUGUCAUGAAAAUGGAAUUGUGAAGAGGUUCUUCAUGAGACUUCAACAUUUUAUAUUCAUCACAUUGAUAAAAGAGAUGUGUCUUGUUAGAGAUUCAAUUGAUGCAUGUUUUAUUAUGAUCAUUACAGAGCAGCAGAGAGGAUUUGAGGUCUGUAUCAAAACCGUCUCCCUUUGUUUCACUAGAGGAAAACCUGUAUGGAUGAAUGUACCACAAAAAUGUUAAUAAAU